GCAUCAUCAUCAUCAUCAUCUCGCCAGCGCAGAAGAGUUUGGUCGCUCUUGUGACUGGACGCUCGCUCGGUGACGUGAAGCGUCGCUACAGGACGCCAGAGGAAGUGGAUGCACGCAUGCGCGUACACGUGUGGCAGGCUCUCUGAACGGAGCAGCUUCCACGACAGGUUGGACUGGUCAGCAGGCGGCAGCUUUGUCAUUGAGUGUUGGUGUAUAUUUUGUGCCAGUGACGGCUGAAAGUUCCCAGAAACUUUCUUUGCUGAUAUGGACGAUGCAGUGAUUUCAGUCGAGGAGUUCCAGAGACACAAACAAGACUGAUCUUGUUCAAGUCUGCUUUCGCGGAUUGCAUAUAUUUAAUAAAAUACAAAAAGAAGGAGGUUUUGACUGCCAUUCGGGACUGUGCAUCAGCUGUCAAACGUCACUGACAAAGUGCAUGUCUCUGGUUGUAGACAACAAGUUCCUGUUCUGUGGAGUCUCAGUUGUGAGUCACACGCUCCUGCGAGUCCUGUAGGACACUCCAUGGAGGACAGCGAAGGGUCGAGACUCAGCGACAGCGCCGCGCCCCCAAACUUUCUUGACUGCGGCCACGACACUGCCAACGCCAUCGACCCCGCCGACGACGCCAGCCUGGACAGUGGCGCCUCCACGAGAGCCAGCCACAAGCAGAAGGCCGGCCACAAGGCGCGGCGGUACAGCAAGUCGCGAACUCGCUGCCGUAGUCCGGCGCUGGUCAUGAGGCUGAAGCGGAACCGGCGGCUGAAGGCCAACGACCGGGAGCGGAACCGCAUGCACAACCUCAACUCGGCCCUCGACACCCUUCGACAGGUGCUGCCCAGCUUUCCUGACGACUCGAAGAUGACGAAGAUCGAGACCCUACGGCUGGCCAACAACUACAUCUGGGCCAUUGACGGAGACCAUCAAGUACCUGGACGUUGGCGGCAGCAUGGAGGGCAAAAACCGUUGCUUCCCAUGUCCCCCGGCUUGCAGCACGACCCUCGGGGUUGUUGCCUCAUCCCCAGCUCCUCCUCCGCAUCCGCUAUUUCUUCAUCUUCUUCGUCGUCGUGUUCGUUGUCGCAGGCCGGGCUGACCUUCUCACCGAUCAGGCUGACCUCGUGCGGCGGUGGCAGUGGGAGGGUGCCUGAUGCAUGCUCCUUCGCCACUUACCGCCGAUCACGUGCCAGUGUGUGUGUCGUCCGUACGAACGGUAUGCGGUGCGGCCAGGAGUUUGAACACGAGCGCCCGGAAUAUUUCCUUACAUCUUGACCACCGUUCCAGGUGUUUCCAAUUUGACUUUUGACACAUAGCGCAGGUGUGUGCGUGUGUUUGUAUGCGUGUGAGUGAGCGCGCACGUGCGUGGGAGUGAACAAGUGAGUGUGAGUGUUUGUUCUUAAGCUGCUAAUUGUAUGUCAGUGUUAAUUAAUUCUUGUCUCGCUCGGGUGGACGCCAAAAUAAGACGGAGGAUCAGCUUGCAGUGAGUUGAGUGCCCCUGGAGAGCUGAAAAUAGUUUUGUAACACUGCUCCUGAGCUUUGUUGUGGGCGUCAUCGCCAGAACUGUCCGGAUACCCACGUGGACGGUGUGCAUGGGUUUGUGGGUUUGUUCACGUGUGUGUACAAAUGAGGCGGAGAAUAGGAAUGUGACGGACACACAGCCGGACAGAGUGAGACACGGAGACAAUGAGUGGAAGCUUCAGAGUGAGACAUAGAUGUGUGUGGAGAGAGAGAGAUGGAUUUUGUCAGCAUAGACAUGUACAGAA